UUUUGUCUUGCAGCGCGCAGAGAGCAGGAGUGUGCCAGCAAAAGCCUCUCGGCUCACACUAUUUAUACAUUUUAAGAAACAGAAGCAUCAGUGAUCACGAACAGCAAGUUACGUAAUUUGCCUGUUAAUUAGUACUCAACCCCAUUUACUGGGCGUGUCUGUGGUUUCUCACGCUCAUUAGUGCAGAGCCGAAGGUCUCUCCAUUUGAGUCUGGAGGCUCUUUUUAGGAGGGUGUCGGUGGUUGCUACCGCCGGCAUUAACUUUCCCCCAGUUACUGCUGACUUCACUCUUGAUGGUUCUCAGCCACACAGCCCAGUCGUUUUGGGACUGUCUCCCUUUUUUCUUAAAAGAUUAGACAAGAAUACGAUCAUAGAAACACACAACGCCCUGGCCUGGGAGGGACCUUAUUAGCUCAUCCGGGUUCAUUCCCCCUGCCAUGUACAGGGACACCUUCCACUAUCCCAGGUUGCUCAGCGCUCCAUCCAACGGGGCCUUGGACAUUGUCAGGAAAAAGCCAGCCAUAGCUUCUCUGGGCACCCUGCGCCAGGGCCCCAGCACGCUCACAGGAAAGAAUUUUUUCCCAAUAUCCAAUCUAAACCUAUUCACAGUGCAACUGCUUAAUCCUGAGUGUCCCGCUAGAGCUGCUGAUGUACAGUUCAACCCAAAUCCCGAAGUUUGGCUCGACACCCUACUCGCACCUGCAGGAUUUGGAAUCUAUAGGAGGGCGGGGCGUUCUCUCGCGAGAUUUGGAGCCGCGGAGGGGCGUGCUCUCGCGAGAGCUGUGCACGGCCGGUACCGCCCCCGCCCCACGGUGCCCCCUGGCGGGGACGGGAUACGCCGUCCUCCCCUCACGCCGCCAUUUGACAUCGUUCGGAGCCGGUCCGGGCGCACUCCCGGCGCGGCCGGAGUCCCGGGCAUGAAACUGCGCACAUCUCUCGAAGAGCACCAGUCAGCUCUGGAACUCAUCAUGAGCAAGUACAGAGAACAGAUGUUUAGGUUGCUUAUGGCGAGCAAAAAGGAUGAUCCAAGUAUAAUAAUGAAGUUAAAAGAGCAACAUUCCAAGGAGUUGCAAGUGCACGUGGACCAAAUUACAGAGAUGGCAGCAGUGAUGAGAAAAGCCAUUGAGGUGGAUGAAAGGCACAGCUGCAAGGAGCAGGAGCGCAUCACCCAGCUCGAGCAAGAAAACAAAGGCUUGAGAGAAAUUCUUCAAAUCACUAGAGAAUCAUUUCUGAACCUCAAGAAAGAUGAUGCAUCAGAGAGCACGUCCCUGUCAGGAUUAGUAACAAGCAGUGAUCUGAGCCUGAGGAAAAGCUAAGGACUUUGGGAAUCACCAAGCUUCAGUUGCACACUUAAACCAAUGGAGCAUCAGGGGGCACUGGUCAAGCACUUAUUACUGAAUAGGGCACCAGCAAGAGAAUACAUGCAACGCCAGCUCAGUGGCUUUUAUACUGUGUAACAUAAAUUCAGCUGGUGUUCUGCAAUACCCUCAGUGACAGAUUGAUUGCCAUAGGUCUAACCUCGGUAGGAAAUGGAUUCAUGCACUUGCUGAAUUGCAAAUUCUUUUUAUAUGAACUUGUUUUACAGAUAAAAUGUGAGAUUUCAAGUAAUUUGUAUAAAUUUAUAUAAAUUAUAUAUAAUUUAUAUAAAUUAUACAAAGUUCAGUGCAACUGUUAGAUAAUGAAGGUAAGAUUUCAAGUCUGAUCUCUGCCUUAGAAAGUAGUAACUUAUAGGUUCUGUGCAUAAUCCACAUAGCAUUUUUUCCUUUUGUUUUGGUUUUAAUAACUUCUCUUUUUGCAACAAACCUGUGAUUGGAGGGGCACACAGGCAGCCUAAAAUUUAAGGAUUUCUGUCAUUUAACCUUGGGGUCUCUCUUUAAAAUACAAGGCCAGUUUUUAAACGUAAGGAACACUGUCAAUCAAUAGUUUGGAGUUUUUAAAUGAAACAAGAUUCUUUCAAAUAUGUGCACUGAAUUGUAUUGUGAGAACAUGGGAAGAGCUGUUCCCGCCCUUGUUGUUCUCAGGAGCACAGUUAGCAAUACAAUUCCGCCUCAGCUUUUACCUUUAAGAGGGGAAAUCCAGCCCAGUUCUCUGUCAGUAAGAAGCCACACGAAUCCCAUGUCUUUCUUCUCCAGUUGCCUGCCCAAACUUCCUGAGUGAGGAAUGGCAACUGGAAAGCGCAAAAGCAGUGGCAGCAGAAAGGGAUUUGAUUUCUAGCCAUAGCAACACAGAAGGAACUAAGCAUCCAACACUUCCAAGCAUGCCAACUUCAAUACAGCUUCCUGUGCCCCAGCACAGCUUCCCUGAGCUCAAGUUAAAUGUUCCAUAGGCCUAAGGGGGAGCUUUCAGUAGCACUGAAUUGACUUAGGAGCAGCUCAGUACCUUUGUUCUCUCUGUUGCUGCUCCUUCCCAUAGUGCUUUUAAGAGGAAAUAAGUGAGAAAGGAGUAUUAGCAGGCAAUAAAUGCUGGUUUUCAGUGAACUAAUACACAUGCUGAUAGGACAGGUAAAUCAGGUCUCCACAUUCUUACAGUCUGCUUUAGAAAUGGAGAAGCUCCUGCUUCUCUGCAGAGCACCUUGGCUUCUUGCUAGGCUUAGUAACACACUGAGGACAUUGACAUGCAUGGAAAAAAGUUAUGGCCAUUUCCAGACUUGUGAAACAGCCAUGGGGAAAUUCUUGGGGAACAUGUUAGCUCAAGCACAAAAUAUUCUUGUCUGCUUUUAUAUUAUCUGUAAAGCUUUGCUGGUGCUUCUCUAAUCUAGGUUUUGCAUUUCUGCCAUGGCUUGCAAGCUGCUGACUUACCAGAAGCAACAUCUUUUUUUCACUGAAGUGUUCUGUUGUUGCAAACUUACAAGGAAUUUUGGGUUCAGUUGUUGACGUUCUUGUUUCUAGAAGCAACUUUUCAGCCACGCACUGGUGUCAGGAGGCAUUUCUAUCAAUUUCAUACUGAAUUCAGCUUCGUGGCUGACUUCUGGUUUGGCUCCCGAAUACAGAAAAGGGUUGUUGGUCUGUGGCAGUACUUAGAGGUUGCUCUAUUAUGAAAUAGUGCUUGAUUAGUGUUUAUUUUUGUAAAUCAAAAAAAAAAAAAGUGACUUAAUUUAUCUACUCAUAGUCUUCACGUUUGAUACGUCUCCCCUUUCAUUUCCCUACCCUGAUCACUUUAGGAUUUUAAGAGCUUUACAGUGUGUGGAAUGACUAUUUUUCAUUGCAUACCUGUUAUUUUUGUAAUGCAGAUGGCUUGAAAAGGAUUUAUGGCUAGAAUUGUGUACUGUACAGUAAACUUAUUUUAUCAAUAAAGUUGACUGAAAACA